AUGGCAGUGACCAACUUCUUUGAAGAUCUUUCAAAGGAUUUUUCUAAACUUUUUGAGAAAUCUGAUGAUUAUGAUAUUAUUAUUCAAGUUGGAGAAAAAUCUGAUUUUAAAGAAUUCAAUGCGCAUUCGAAUAUUUUGCGUGCAAGGUCUCCUUAUUUUACAAAUUCUUUAUCUAAUAACUGGAUAAAUCAUAAAAGUAGUAUUGUUACCUUUAAAAAACCAAAUAUUUCUCCAGCUAUAUUUCUUUUGAUUCUUCGGUAUAUCUAUACGGGAACUCUUGAUAUUACCAAUCAAUCAGCCUCUAAUAUUCUUGAUCUUCUUGUCGCAUCCGAUGAAUUAAUUCUUGAUAAAUUA